ACUUGUGUAAAUAUUUUAACUGUUUCUGGUAUCUAUGUAAAAAUCUCAAAAUUUAUUGCUAAAGAAUAGGGGAUACACCAAAGAGAAGACCAAAAGGCCAAAAAGAAGCCCGUAAGCCUAGAAAACAUGAACUAACAGCGGACCAAAGCCUGACACUAGAAGCCCGAAGGCCCAUAAUGGUUUUGUUUUUGUUGUGAGGAAGAUUAAUUUAGAGAGGAAAGGAAGGAUGCAGUUGCAGAGAUGGUGGAGGGUAGCGGGAGUGGUGGGGAUAGCUGUGAUGGGGAGAGAAGUGAGCAAACAAUUGGGAUGGGAGAAAGAGGCGGCUCUGAAGGUGUUCGUUGAAUUGUCGGAUCGGUUGGGAAUAUGGGGCAUGCCUGUUUACGUCGGGGUUCAUACCCUCACGCUCGCACUCUGCUUGCCCUACGCCGUUUUCUUCGAGGCUGGAGCUUCUCUGCUUUUCGGGUUCUUGCCUGCUGUGCUUUGCGUCUUUUCCGCCAAGAUCUUGGGGGCUUCCCUCUCUUUCUGGAUCGGCAGGCUAGUUUUUAGGAGGUCAAGCUCAGCCAUGGAGUGGGCUCAGAGAAACAAAUAUUUUCAUCUGCUUUCUAGAGGAGUUGAACAAGAUGGUUGGAAAUUUGUCCUUCUUGCGCGCUUCUCUCCCAUGCCUUCCUAUGUGAUUAACUAUGCCCUCGCUGCUACAAAGGUCGGCUUCAUAGUUGAUUUCCUACUCCCAACUGUCAUCGGUUGUUUGCCAAUGAUCUUACAGAAUACAUCCAUAGGGAGCCUUGCCGGUGCUGCUGUUGCUUCAACAUCUGCUACUAAAAAAUCCAAGGUGUGGUCUUACCUAUUUCCAUUACUUGGCGUUGUAUCAAGCAUCCUCAUUUCUAUGAGAAUCAAAAAGUACUCUUCCAAUAUCACGAUGCCCGGAUCCACUCUUACCAAUCUUAACAAUAAGGACUCAUCGCAAAGCCUUUCUGGUAGCACAGAUAGUGACAGCCAGAAGAAGAGUCAAUAAAAAGACUUACUAGUGCUGAUUUUUGGAGUGGUAUUUACCCAGAUAUUUUAUAGAUAAUGAUUUGUGAAUUUUGAUCCAUUCUUUUUAUCUAAAAUAAAUGAAAAAGUAAUAGAGCUACCCCAACUAGUUAGUUAAGGAUUACGGAUUCGAAUCUAGUUGUAUUAUUCUACCGACUAGCUAACAUUUAUGAUUUAGUUA